AUGUCUGGAAUAGCAAACGAUGGGGCAGCUGUCAUGGUGGGUUCUAAGAGUGGUAUUGUUACUAGGUUGAAGGCCUUAAAUCCUGUUAUUUUGGGAACUCACUGUAUUGCACAUAGACUGGCACUUGGUUCACGCACAAUGUGGUUAUCAUUUGAUGGGGCUGUUCAAGCAGUUUUGAAAAAUUACUCCAGUUUAGUAACUGUCUUAAUGGAAGAUAAUACCCCCAAAAUUGUUGGUCUUCUUAAAUCUAUAACGUCUGUAAAAUUCCUUUAUUGUACAUAUUUUCUUUCUGAUGUGUUAGCUGUUCUUUGUAGAUUAAGUAAAUGUUAUCAAAAAAAUGAUAUUAUGUUUUCCAAUAAAAGCCAUUACUAG